AUGGAGGCUGUGAAUGCGUCCCGCCCGGACGUGAUUGGAAAGCUGCCGCAGCUGCAGAAUAUGGUGAAACGUGAUCCGUUGGGCUAUCGCACUGAGUUUCUUAUGCAAUUACGCCACUUCGAGAGCGAGUAUCAGUUAUUUCUACUGCAACCUACAAAGGAGUCGGCGCAUUUUGGUGCACUCGUACUUUUCCUGAGUCAUGUAGCAAAGUGUUUUCCAGAGGAAAUGGUGGAUUUUCCAAAGAAGAUCAUAGGAAUGCUACACGACAACUACCUUGUGCUAGAGCCAGAACUGCGCAAAACUCUGGUACACAGCCUCAUGCUGCUGCGCAAUCGCGGCCUCGUGGAUGCAAUUACACUUCUGAAGCUCUUUUUUGAACUGUUCCGCUGCCCAGAUAAGCGACUACGUGAGCUACUGUAUAAGCAUAUUGUGUCAGAUAUUCGCCAACUUAAUGCCACGUCGCGUAAUGUAAAGGUCAACAAGGCCUUGCAAAAUUUUAUGUUCGAGAUGCUGAAUGAUGAAAGUGAGCAGGCCGCCGUCAAGUCACUACAAGUGCUCAUGGAGCUUUUCAAGCGCAAAGUCUGGCACGACCAACGGAGUGUUAACGUUAUCGCCACUGCGUGUACGAGCAAGAACACAAAGCUACUUGUAAUGGCCCUCAGCUUUUUUUUGGGGAUUGACGAGGAUAUUUUAAAAGACGAAGAGCAACAAAAGAAACAAAAGAAAGCUCUUGUGGUUGUUGACUAUCACUCUCAUUCAAAAAAAACGAAAAAGCGACAGCGUGAUACGUUGGCAGCGCUAUGCAAAAACAAACGAGCUCGUAAGCGAGAACUAGAUUUUAAAGCCACGUUCCCUGCAAUUGAGUUGCUCAAUAAUCCACAAGGCGUUGCUGAGCGUCAGCUGAAGUUGCUUAAGAGCUGCACGGAAUCCUUCGACGUAAAACUUUUGAUGAUGAACUUUAUUGGUCGUCUUUUAGGCUUCCACAAGCUUGUACUGCUAUCAUUUUAUCCACUGCUGCAACGAUAUUUGCAAUCUCACCAGCAAAGUGUGACAGCCAUCUUGGCAUAUUUAAUUCAAUCAUGCCACGAUGAGAUUCCGCCAGAAGAGCUUUUAUCAAUCGUGAAAAGUAUCGCUCACAACUUUGUGACUGAACGGUGCUCAUCAGAGGUAAUUGCUGUGGGCAUUAAUGCUUUGCGUGAGUUAUUCCGUCGGGUCCCACUUUUGCUAGAAUGCGAGGGAAUUGAUGUGCUUGUGAGCGAUUUAAUUCAAUACAAUCGUGCACGUGAUAAAACAAUUGUCAUGGCUGCGCGUGGUGUACUCAAUCUGAUCCGUGACAUACACCCAGCAUUGCUUAAGCGCAAGGAUCGCGGGAAAUUUCACAACAAAGACGUAAAGCCUCACCGAUUUGGUGAACUUGUUGCUUGCGAAGGCGUGGAUGGUGCGGACCUGCUAGCGGAAGCCGAAGCAGCUGGGCGCUUUGAUGGAGAAGAGAACAAAGAUGGAUGGGAGGUUGCGUCGUCCACAUCGGGCGAGGAUGAAUCUUCAGAUGAGUGGGUCGACGUUUCGUCUGAUGAAGAGGAUAUUAAGGGCGGCGACAACACGGACAUUAAUGAUGAUGAUGCCGGGGAAGGGGAGGUUUCUCCGUUAUUGGAGCAGAAGGACCGCUUGGAUGCCCGUCGCAUCUUAACUCCACUCGAUUUUGAACGUAUUGAGAUGCUGAAGAAAGAGCGUGAUGCAGCUUUAAAGGACCCAAAGUCUCGCAGCAAGCGCAAAGCCGAAGAGGAUGCAGCCAAAGCGAGCUCAGAUGCCACAAAGGUCAAUCCAGUUGAUCUAGAGGGCUAUACGAAAAAAAAGCGAAUGACCCAAGAGGAAAGACUUCGUCUUGUUCUUGAGGGUCGCGAGGAUUUCAAGCACAAACGCUCGGGAGGUGGUACCACUAACACUGAGAAGAAACGUCUUAAGCAUUUUAUGAUGAUUAAAAAGAGUAAGGCUGUGCAGUCAAAGGUGCUUGUAUCUGCUCGUCAAGUGCAGCGCCAGAAAAAUCGUGUCGUCAAAAAGAUUUUGAAACACGACGCCAAGAAGCGCCGCAAAAUAUAG